AUGACCAAGGACGGCGCCGUGUUCGCCAAGGGGAAGAUCAAGGGCGACGUCCGCUUCGCCCCGUUUGAGCGGCUGGACGAGGACGUGCUCCGCGAGGUUCAGAGGUUCCAUGUCUACCCGCUGGGCGAUAUCCAGGAAUACGCACGCCACAUUCCCUAUAACAGCGAGAAGAAGAGCUUCCUGGAGAAGACCGGCCGGGAGAGUUUCGAAGUCUUCCAGUACGUGUUCAAGCUCCCGAACAAACCGGACAAGGAGUUCGUGGUGAUGUGGGACUACAACAUCGGCCUCGUCCGCAUCACACCUUUCUUCAAAUGCUUCGACUUCUCCAAGACCACGCCCGCCAAAAUGCUGAAUAUGAAUCCCGGGCUCAAAGAGAUCACCCAUAGCAUCACCGGCGGGGCCCUCGCAGCCCAAGGCUACUGGAUGCCCUACGCCUGCGCCCUGGCCGUCUGCACCACCUUCUGCGCACAUAUCGCCCCAGCGCUGAUCCCCAUCUUCGGGCCCUCCUUCCCCAGUCUCUGCGUCCCUCCCGAGGCCCCCGAGCACAACCGCAUGACCAUCGACGCCGCCAUCGUGAUGGCCGCAACCGCCGAGGCCGAAGCGUUCCGCCUCGCCUACUCGGCCCCCGCCGCCUCGACGGCACACUACCACAACCGCCACCCGAAGGCUCCAUCGUCCCGGGGCUCGUACAGCCCCGGCCACGGGUCCGACCACUCGAUGCGCGGCACGCCCCCGCAGGGCGCCAUGGGUCGGAGCCUCCGCUUGAAACGCGCCUUUGGCGGGGAAUCACCCUACGGCCUCCUCACCAGCACCGACGCCGAAUUUGACACGCCCAGCGAGAGCAGCGCGAGCAACGACGGGCCCGGCUACUUCCUCUCCCCCGCCUCCUCCAGCUCGCCCGCCCAGCCGUACUCCCCGUCCUCCUUCCUCGCCCGCAGCCGCCACGAGCGGCAGAAUGUGGCGAGUCACGGCGCCAAUGCCGCGCUGAACGUCAGCAUGCAGCCCACUUCCGCGGUCACGGCGAACCCGCUGCUCAGCGCCAUCCCGCGAUCAGCCGGGCUGGCGGACAUGAACAUGAGCUGGCCCGUGACAACCCGCCCCAGCCACCCCCAGGCCUAUCCCUAUGCGCAUCCGUAUCCGCAUGCCCGUUCCAGCAAGCGACGCGCGGAGGACGUCGACGCGGAUGACGAGUACGACGGCGAGGACUCCUCCGUCGCCGACGACAAGGCCAGCGGGGGCAUGUCCGUCAUGGACGACCACAGCACCAGCUUCAGCCCGGGCGGUGUCGGGUGCCAGGACUGGGACCGGGACCGGGCGCGAGAUGGAGAGAGGGACGUGAUGAGGGAGGAGGUCGGCGGCGCGGAGAGGAAGGCCGCAUGGCUGCUCAUGAAGCUCAGCGUCAGGGACGGGGAGUGCGGCGCGACAGCUCGGGAGCGGGCUGCGGCCGGGGAGGAAGAAGAGGGACCCAGGAUCAAGCGGCGGAGGGCGACGAUUGGUCUCGCUUAUCGUAUCGCUGGAAGGGGUGGAGACAGGGGUAGGGGUAUGGGUUCAAGGCGGAAAGGUGGAGAGGGGGAUGGAGUGUGGAUUUGUGUUUAUGAUGACGGGCAUAUGCUAGUAGUAAGCAGUCUCGAUCUAGUUAUGAUUGAUCGAACAGAAUAG